AUGGCUACUUUCCAUGAUAAAGAUCAUAAUAUAGUUGAAAUUGAAGAAGAUCAUGGUUUUGAAAUUCCUACACAAUUGAGUGAAAGCAAUCAUGAUGAAUUGGUGAAUAAUGGUGAAUUUAAUAUAGGUGACAUUGAACAAGAUGCCAGUGAGAAUGUGAAGAGUGAUGUGAAUAAUGAGACAAUAGAGUUAUGUAUUGGAAUGGAGUUUCAAUCACUAGAUGAUGCUUUAAUGUGCUAUACUAAUUAUGCAAAACAUGAAGGAUUUGGAAUUCGCAAAAGCCGCAUACUAAAGUCUAGAAAGAAUCAAAUGGUUAUUGGACAAGAGUUUGUUUGUUCAAAGGAAGGUUACCGUGCUAAAAAAUAUUUACAGCGGGACAAUAGGAAAAAGCCUCCACCUGAUGAAACACGCAUGGGAUGCAAAGCUAUGAUUUCUGUAUCUAGAAAAGACGAAGCCAAAUGGGUAAUAUCUAAAUUUACUAGAGAUCAUAAUCAUGUGCUUGCUUCUCCUAGUAGUGCUCGAUUUCAUCGAGUUCAUAGAAAGAGGACAAAAUCUCAAAGGAAUUUGAUUGACGUGCUUGAUGAAUCUGGAAUUCGUCCUAGUAAAAUAAUGUCUGUUUUGGUUACUGAAUCUGGGGGAAUAGAUAGGGUUGGUUGCAUUGAGCGAGAUAUUCAAAAUUAUUUAAAGUAA